AUGGAAACCUUCCAGUUCACAGGUAUUUUCCCAAAAAGCCCUAAUGAUUAUUUCAGAGGUAUGAGACAAAAGAGAUACGAAUCAGUCGAGAAGAUGCUCGACUUACUCGACGUUGUCAAGAGAGUUGGACCCAAGUUCCCACUUGAAGCCAUGUUCUUGGAUCCCCACGAUCCCGAGUGGGAUGAUGACAUGACCUAUCUCUAUGUCGACUAUCCAUUCUACAAGAAAUUCACUAUCUAUGCCACUGUCAUCUCUUUCUUGUUCCUCUACAACUAUAAUGCUUUCUUCCACAACAAAAACAACCAAUUCGUGACCAAAUGCACUCUUGGACUCCUCUUCUGGUCAAGUAAUGCAGUUUACUAUAAAUACAGAAAGCAAGUUCUCAGAUGCAACUUGUUCGAUGAGUACGUUCAAAUGAGAGCUGAUGAACUCGUCAAGGAGAGAGAACACCUCCUUAGAGGAGAGCAGAUGAAGAAAUGGAUGUGGUUCCAAGCUGAUCUUCAAGAGACCUUAAUGAGAUGUCACAGACAAUCAUUCAAGAAUGAUGCCUCUGACUUUGCUGACAGUGAACUCCUCCUCCAAGAUUUCAUUAGAAGAUACACAGAUGAUACCCUCGAGAAGCCACUCUCACACGCCAACGCUAGAAUCGGUGUCUGA